AUGAAGGGUGGAAAGUUGAAAUAUUUUCCCGUAGCCGAAGAACCAAAGUGCACGGAAUCAACAAAAGGCGAGCAACUUCCAAAUGAAAGGAAAUUUUCUGAGCUUACUUCAGUCGAAGAAAAGUUGGAGUACGUUAAUGCACACAGAGGCGACAUUCCUGCCCUUCUAUUCGCGGCAAAAGUGGGCGAUGAUGCAGUUUGCAAUCGCCUCUUCGACUUGAGCAGUUAUAAAAGCCAUAUCGACAAUAACGGGGCCAGCGUCGUUCACUACGCUGCCAUGAACACCGACUACGGAGUAAAUGUGCUUGAUUUCUUUCACCGCCAAGGUGUAGACCUAUCUCUGCAAGAUGAAUUCGAUUUCGAUGCUCUCAGCUACGCUCUCAGAGAGGGAAAUAUUGAGAAUGCAUUAUUUCUAAUCAGCAAAUUAAGCUACGAAGAAAGUCUUUUGGAGCAUUGCAUUUGCGAGCGAGGAGUUGACUCGGCAAAAUUAGUUUUUGAAGCACUUACUGCCAAGGGAUUAGUCGGACAGUUCGAUGUAAACCUCCUGUACAAGGCAGCGUCUCACGCAGACUUGCCGAUGCUGCAGUGGUUGGUCCAAAUAGGCGGAGUGAAUGAUCAUGAUGUAUUCUACAAUAUCCUCCUGCAUUCCGACAAGAACGCGACUCACGGCGACGAGAUUGCCAACUUCGUAAUUUCCAACUUGCUAAUCUGGGAGCGGCCAACUUUUCUGGCCAGAGCUCUUAAAACCGGAAACUGCAACGUUGCGACGAAACUCUUGAAGAAGGGUGUCACCUUGGUUGCAAACGAAGAAGAAAAGCAAGCGUACAUGCUGCUUUGCGUGAGGGAAGAUUCACUUCUGCUUGCCAAAUUCGUGAAAGGAUUGGGACAACCGAAUGUCCAGUUCGACGAGUCGUUGCUGCUUCUCGCUUUUGAGUUUUCGAGCGUCGAAAUGUGUCAAUGGAUUAUAGAAAACGCUCAUGCUAAUCAGCCGCUCUACCCUAAUUUCAAUUGGCUUCUAGCCACCUUGAAGAACAAACAACACGGAAGCAAGAUCCUGCUAGAGUUCAGUGAACUAUUCAAAUCACACGUGGAAACGUUCUACCAAGAAGGAGAAACUCCCCUUCAUAUUGCUUUAAAGUAUGAAAACAUCGAUGCCGCUGAGGUUUUAAUGACGAUUAGUAGUGGUGCAAGAUUUGACGUGACGUGGAAAGGGCGUGGUCUCCUCCAAUACUGCGUGGAGAAAAAUUUGCUGCCGGGUGCUAUAUUCUUGAUGCGGAUUUGCGGUGAAAAUCCGCAGCUUGCAGACGGCGCGACCAUUUUACCCGUCGCGGCAGAGUUUGCAAACGUCAAAAUGUGCCAAUGGCUGAUGACCAAGCUGAAUUUCGAAACUGCAACCGAAAUGACAAAGGUUUCAUUUUUACGCCGUGCUGUGCUCAACGAAGCUCACGGAUUGGAAAUAAUUCAGCGCUUCAUCGGGCAACUUGACCAAGAAGCCUAUUAUAAAGACGACGUUGACGAAGAAAAUGCUCUUCAUCUUGCCCUCAAGUUCGGAAAGCUUGACAUUGCGAAGUUUCUGCUCGAACACAACGAAUCCCUCAUUCACGAAAAAUGUGGAGGACACAAUUUGCUUCUUUUCUGCGUGUCGGCCAAUCAGCUGGAGAGUGCUAAAUUCGUUUUCGGAUUGGCCAAGAGCAUGGCAAGUGGAGAGAAUGGGAAGACUGCAAUGCUCAUCGCCCGGAACAAUGGCAAUGAGGAAAUGCGUCAGUGGCUUGUGUGCGAAUUACACGAUUUGAAGACGAAUGAUACCGAAUCAUUUGACGUAGCUAUGUCACUACGUUUUAAGAAGUUUCGGUUGAAAUAUCGAUAA